AUGGACGCCGGCGCUGCUGACCCGCUGCGAGUGGCCAGGCCGGAGGAGGGCGAAGAGAAGCCGAAGCCGACAGAGAACCAAGACGACGGGUACGAGACGAGUAAUAGCGGCGAGGCGGCGCGUCGCAAGCCCUCCAGCGCUGAGGGCUCGCCGGCGCCGCCUGCCGAACCCUCGCCCCCGCCAGACCCACCCUACGAGCCGCUCAUGCGGCACUACGAGCCCGAGCCGGAGCCCUACCGGCACUUCGAGCCGCCCGCGCCGCCUCCCCCGCAGCCCGAGCCACAGUACCAGCACUUUCCCUUCCCUAAGUAUGGCGGAGACCCGUACGCGUUCAAGCGCGAGCCCGAGGUGCCGUACGACAUGAGCCAGCACCACCAGUACGCGCCGGCGGGCAAGCGCGACGAGGACAUGUACAACGGCAUCAAGCGCGAGUGCGAGGACCCGUACUCCUUCGUGGAGGAGGAGGCCAUGUGUGCCAUGCUGGCGCAGCCGCAGCACCACGCCGUGCCGCCGCACCUGCAGCACCACGACCACCACGCGCACAUGAUGCACCCGCAGCAGAUGAUGCUCAACCAGCCCAAAAAGCGCGGCCGCAAGAAAAAGAUCAAGGACGAAAACGGCAUGGAGCUGAAGGCGGAGCCCGGCAUGGAGGGCGCGCUGGUGCCGCGGCCCGUCAAGGAGCGCAAGAAGCACGACCGCUUCAACGGCAUGAGCGAGGAGGAGGUCUCGCGCCGCACUCUGCCAGACCACCUCGCGGAGAACCUCGACAUCAUCAUUAUCGGCAUCAACCCGGGACUGUUCGCGGCGUACAAGGGACACCACUACGCGGGCCCAGGGAACCACUUCUGGAAGUGUCUGUACCUAUCCGGCCUCACACGGGAACAGAUGAGCGCUGACGAAGACUACAAGCUGCUGAACUUCGGCAUCGGCUUCACGAACAUGGUGGCGCGGCCGACCAAGGGCAGCGCGGACCUCACGCGGCGCGAGAUCAAGGAGGGCUCCGCCAUCCUGCUGGAGAAGCUGCAGACGUUCCGGCCCAAGGUGGCAGUCUUCAACGGCAAGCUCAUCUACGAGGUGUUCUCCGGGAAGAAGGACUUCUGCUUCGGCAAGCAGCCCGACACCAUCGCCGGGACUAACACCUACAUGUGGGUGAUGCCGUCGUCGUCGGCGCGCUGCGCGCAGCUGCCGCGCGCGGCCGACAAGGUGCCGUUCUACGCGGCGCUGAAGAAGUUCCGCGACUACCUCAACGGGCUGGUGGCGCACGUGGACGAGGCCGAGCUCGUCUUCCCCGACAACACCAGUCGCCGCCCGCAGGAGGAGAUGGAGAUCCGACGACUGACGAUGGAGCCGGAGCCGGGCGACACCAUCAUCCUGGAGGACGGGACCGAGGUGCCGCUGAAGAAGAAGCGAGGCCGGCCCAAGAAGGUCAAGCUGGAGAACGGCGAGGUGGCGCCCGCCGCGCCCCGCCAGCCGCGCGCGCCGCGCCCGCCGCCCUCGCUGGAGCCGCACGACCAGCCGCCCAAGAAGAAGCGCGGCCGGCCCAAGAAGAUCCGCCCCGACGACCAGUUCCUGCUGCAGCACCCGGCGCCGCCGCUGCAGGCGCUGCACUCGCACGACGCGCCCUACCUGGCCGCCGGCGACUUCCCCGCCCAGCUCCCGUCGCCGGGCCUGCUGUACCCGCACCAGCACCACCAGCAGCACCAGCAGCUCGCGCCCGACUCCAACAACUACUUCCAGCAGCAGCCGCCCAACUCAGAGAGCGGUCUGGGCGGUAUGGAGUCGUCCGGGCUGGACGUGGGCGGGGGCGGCGGGGGCGGCGGCGGGGGCAUGCUGGGCGGCAUGGCGCGCGGGUACGGGUCGCCGGGCGGGUACGCGGCGUCCCCGCGCGGCGUGUACGCCAGCCCGCGCUCGCAGGGCUACUCGCCCAGCCCCGCGCGCCCCGCCGGCACCCCGCAACCGCAGGAGUCUGGCGUGAUGCACGGGUUCCCCGCGAGCCCCGCUUUCUCGGCCGUGUCCCCGCCGCGCGCGGGCUCCGGCGGCGGGUACUCGUCCCCCGCCGCGCGCGCCGCGCCCUUCUCCGCGCGCUCCCCGCUGUACGCGCACAGCCCCGCGCCCUACGCGCACCAGCAGGCACAGAGUCCGGCCCCGCAGGCGCGCUUCUCGCAGUCCCCGCACCCGCACCACCCGCACCCGUACUCACACUCACCCGCGCCACAGUCGCAGGGUCGUCCGUUCUCGCGGUCGCCGGCGCCGGUGGGCGGGGUGGGCGGAGUGGGCGGGGUGGGCACGACCCCGUUCCCGCAGGCGUCCCCCGCGGGCGCGCUGCACAGCUACACGCCCAGCCCGGCGCACACGCCGUACUCGCAGCACUCGUCGCCCGCGCCCAGCCGCACGCCCACCUACACCGAGCCGCACCACUACCCGGGCGGCGCCGGCGCGGCCGCGGGCGCGGGGCCCGCCGGCUUCGGCGGCGAGCUGUCGCACGAGAUCGGCGCCGCCAUCUCGUCGCCCGCGCCCGUGUCGCCCGGCAUGGCGGCGCUCGACUUCGAGCCGCCGCGCGACGAGCCCGAGCGCGACCACAGCCCGAUGGGUAGCACCGACAUGCACCCCGGGUCCAACUCCAACUCGUCGCUGUCCGACUACAACAAGACGUCGGCGGGCAGCGACAUGUCGCCGGCCGGCGCCGGCUUCGCCGCGCUCUACGACGACGCGCGCCUGCAGUACGCGCACCUGCACACGCACAGCCCCGCGCCCGACAAGCAGGACCACUACUACCGCCAGGACCAGGGUGGCGGCGUGGCAGACAGCCCCCGGUUAGACCAGUUGCAGCAGCACCCUUCGUCCAUGUACCCCAGUAAUUACAAUAGGUCGAGUCCCCCGGGCGGCGAGGGCGCGUUCUCCCCGCUGGGCGCCGCCUUCCGCCCCCCCUCGCACCCGCACCCCGCGCACACGCCGCACGACGCGCCAGGUUCCCCGGGCGAGUACGCGGGCACGGUGAAGCCGAAGGCGCAGGACGUGGCGUCCAAGUCCCUGUCGGGGCUGGAGUCGCUGGUAGACCAGAUCCCCAGCAUCGCCGAGGGCCCCGGCGGCGCGAGCGCGGGCGGCGCGGGCCCCGCGGCCCCGGCGCCGUCCGACCAGGCCCCGGCCGCCGUGGCCGCGCUGCCCGACUACGCGCCCGCGCUCUACCCGCCCUACGGCGCGUACGGCGGAGCUGCAUACGGGAACAACGGGUACGGCGGCCCGUUCGUGGGGUACGGCGGCGGCUGGGGCACGGCCGUGAUGCGGCCCACGCCCGGGUACCUGUCGGAGUGGCAGUACGGGUACCCGGCGGGCGUGGCGGCGGGGUACGCGCCCUACAACGCGCCGUACUACAACGGGUACGCCGGGCCGCCGCCCGCGCACCACCAGCAGGCGCACUACCUGUCGGCGCCGCCGCUGAUCGACCUGCACAAGAACGGCGAGCACUCGGGCGGCGUGCCGGCCGUGCCGUCCGUGCCGUCCGUGCCGUCCGUCGGCUUCGGCGGCUUCUGUUAG